AACAAAUUUGGGUCUUCCUCGUAAUCAAAGCAAAAACCUUUGCUUAAAACACAAUGGGUGUCAACUCCAACAGGGUAGAGGCUUUUUCUACCCAUCAAACCACUCUUACUGUCAAGGUCUCAGUUCCAAUGCCUCCAUCAAUGGAGGUCCACACUGUUUGUUUGCCCCCUCAAACCACCACUUUCCAGAAACUUAAGCACAGGGUUUCUGAGAUCUUUUUUCCUGAGGAUCCUCUCCACAGAUUCAAAAACCAAACUUGGUGUACAAAACUGCUUCUGGGUGUUCAGUUCUUCUUCCCCAUAUUUCAGUGGGGGUCUGGGUACAAUCUCAGGCUUUUCAGGUCUGAUCUCAUCUCUGGCCUCACCAUUGCUAGCCUUGCCAUCCCACAGGGAAUUAGUUAUGCAAAGCUUGCAAAUUUGCCGCCUAUAGUAGGACUCUAUUCGAGCUUUGUUCCACCACUGAUUUAUUCUGUCUUGGGGAGUUCUAGGCAUCUUGCUGUGGGUCCAGUGUCUAUAGCAUCUUUAGUGAUGGGUACAAUGCUUAGUGAAAAUGUUAAAGACCCAAUUCUCUACCUUAAAUUGGCCUUCACUGCUACCUUCUUUGCCGGUUUGUUUCAGGCAUCUCUGGGUCUACUAAGGUUAGGCUUUGUGAUUGAUUUUCUGUCGAAGGCAACCCUUCUUGGGUUCAUGGCUGGUGCAGCAGUCAUUGUGUCAUUGCAACAGUUGAAGGGGUUGCUUGGAAUUGUUCAUUUCACUGGAAAGAUGCAACUCAUACCUGUAAUAACAUCUGUAUUAGAACACAGAAAUGAGUGGUCUUGGCAAACUAUUAUAAUGGGAUUUGGUUUCCUGGUGUUUCUUUUGACAACAAGGCAUAUUAGCAUGAGAAAACCAAAGCUUUUUUGGGUGUCUGCUGCCGCCCCAUUGACAUCAGUCAUUCUCUCAACUCUUCUUGUCUUCUGCAUCAAAUCAAAGGCUCAUGGAAUCUCAAUUAUUGGUCACUUGCCAAAGGGUUUGAAUCCACCUUCCUCAAACAUGCUAUACUUCGAUGGACCUUCUCUAGCAUUAGCCAUCAAGACAGGCAUUGUCACCGGGAUCCUAUCUCUCACCGAAGGAAUUGCGGUGGGAAGGACAUUUGCUGCUCUAAAGAACUAUCAAGUUGAUGGAAACAAAGAAAUGAUGGCUAUAGGUUUCAUGAACAUGGCUGGUCCGUGCACUUCAUGCUAUGUUACCACAGGAUCAUUUUCUCGGUCUGCUGUAAACUACAACGCAGGAGCACAAACAGCAUUUUCAAACAUAAUAAUGGCCUCAGCUGUGCUUGUGACUUUGCUGUUUCUGAUGCCACUGUUCUACUACACCCCUAAUGUCAUCUUAGCAGCCAUCAUCAUAACAGCAGUGAUAGGGCUUAUUGAUUAUCAGGCUGCAUUCAGGUUGUGGAAAGUUGACAAGCUAGAUUUCUUGGCUUGUUUGUGUUCCUUCUUUGGCGUUCUUUUCAUCUCUGUGCCCCUAGGGCUAGCUAUCGCCGUAGGAGUUUCAGUCCUCAAGAUCCUCUUGCAUGUCACCAGGCCAAACACUAUGGCCUUGGGGAACAUACCAGGAACACAGAUAUACCAAAGCCUCAGCCGAUACACAAAAGCUUUGAGGGUGCCUUCGUUUCUCAUCCUAGCCAUUGAAUCUCCUAUCUACUUUGCUAAUGCUACUUACAUUCAAGAAAGAAUAUUAAGGUGGGUUCGGGAGGAAGAAGAGAGGAUAAAGGCAAACAAAGAGUGCACAUUGAAAAGUAUAAUCCUUGACAUGACUGCUGUCACAGCCAUUGACACUAGCGGCAUUGAAAUAAUAGGUGAACUGAGGAAGAUGCUGGAGAAAAGAUCACUCCAGCUUGUGUUGGUGAAUCCCGUUGGAAAUGUGAUGGCGAAGUUGCAUCAGUCCAAAAUUCUGGACUCGUUCGGAAUCGACGGACUCUAUCUCUCAGUAGGGGAGGCAGUGGCAGCCAUUUCAUCUUCGUGGAAACCUCAACCAUAACCUCCGGGGACAAUCUGAAACCAUUAACCGUUUUUGGACCUCGGCAGUCUAGCAGUAGUAGUUGAGAGUACUUUGCUUUUCUUUCUGCUUUUUGAGAGGAAUCCAUAGCAAUGUUUCACAAGAGAAUGUAACCUUGUGGUUAAGCAAGCAGCAUACCACGAUCCUCUGAGAUAAUAUGCAGUAAAUUUAUUUCCUGUUA